ACGAGCACCUUGGAGGCUGAAAAUGAUCUGUUACCCCCCCAAAUCCUGAUCUGGAGGCUUCAGGAGUGAACUGAGAAUCGCUGCGGGAAAUCUCCCAUCCUCCAUAGGUUUAAUAUAUCCCUGUCCUGGGGGUCCAGCACGCAGGAUCCCCUCCUGCGCGUCUGCGUCGGCUGUCCUCCCCUCCCAGGCGCGGGUGGGAGCCGCUGACUCAUCUGCCCAUCGUCGUCCUCCCCCCCCCCCGACGAAGGGGAAUUCAUCGAGCGGCUUCGAGGGGCUGCAUUGCAGACCCAGACGCGCCAGCAGACAAAAGCGACGCUGCGACGCCCGCGGCUUCCCAGCACAAAGAGCCCGGCCGGCACCGAGUCCGUCCAUCCCUCUGUCCAUCCUCGCCAGAAAGAUAUCCAGGGAUAUAUCCCCGGGGAGGAGGCUAUUUCAAAGCACCGUGGCUCGAUUUACCCAGGGGUGACACAGGAGCCUUUCAUAGCCUCUGAGCUACAUCGGGAACCUUAAAUUUAGCAGCCGGUCACCCCGCAUCGCACGGACGGGGAGCGAGGGAGGGCGUGAUUUGAGCCCGAAAAUGCUGGACACCAUCAGCAGCCAGUACGAUUCCUUCAUCUACUGGAGGAUGCCGAUCCCACGGCUGGAUGUGGCAGAGCUGGAGGGGCUGGGGCUCAGCGACAUGGCCCUCUACAAACCCAAAGGAGGGCUGGGCAAGCUCGUCGGCGAGCGGGAUCGGGACAGCCAGGACAUCUCCGAAGAAGAGGACAAUCUGCUGCAGUUCAAUAGCUUUAAUUUCUGGAGAGCCCCUAUCGCCAGAAUUAGCUCAUUAGAUUUCGAUCUAAUUUGAAGUCCUUCUCUCUGCUCUUCUUCACCCCCUCUGCCCUCUCCCUCUCUGCUAGGCAUGCCAAGAUUUGGUUUUAUUGUCCGUUUGGAGGUUGUUUUUUGUGUUUCUGGGCAGUUCUUGACAUCACUAAUUAACUCAGCAGUUCACCCUGGCCCUGAUGGUGAUGGGCUCCCCACAAAGCUUCACCCUCUCUCUACCUUCCCCCUCUUUUCUUCCCUUCUUGAGUCAGUGCUGGAAAUACCAUGACGGUGCAAGCAGGGGGUAACAGCACAGGGGGCAAAUAGGAGGGGAGAGGGCAGAAGCAGACAACCCAUUGCCCCACGUCUGCAAUGCCAGCAGGUGCGGGAGGUGCUGGGGGCUCCUGCCACCCCCCCGCAUCCUGUGGCUGUGUGACCAUGGGCAUCCCCGUGCUCUGGGACGAGCGGUUCAGCUCAUUUCUCGUGUGCUUUUUUAAGAAACUCAUUUGUGCAAAGAGAACGGCGCAGGACUGAUGGGAAUCGUCUUUGUUUUGCAGAAAGCACUGUCCCAGCUCUUCUCCCAGGGACGCAGAGACCCUCUGUGCUCCCCUGGCCCAGUUUCUCCAAAAGCCGCUUCGCUCCUUAUUCCUCCCAUCGGGAAUGCAAGGUGUAAGAGGCAGGUUUGUGCUCGGAUCCCGGGCACAUUUCUUUCUUAAAAGAAAUCAUCUCUUUGAGCCUUGUGGCUUUGAGCCCAAGCAGGAGAAAUGAUGGCCAGGAGGGUAAAUACACAUGGAAAUGCUCUGACUUUGCUUGGUGGGAUCCAGGCUGGAUGUUCAGGGCCAGAAAUUUGAUUUUUUUCUUCUUUUUUUAUCCCCCAUGUGCUUUAUCCCAGGCAUGACUCCUGAGUGGGACAGAGGUUGGGCGCAUCGUGGGGUCCAGAUGGGUAACGCAGGCUGAACUGAAAGAAAGAUAAGAUGGAGAAUUUAGUUUGAUCUUACCCCAAAAUGAAAAUGUUUCUGGUUCCCCACCCAAUUAAUCAAUUGCUUUAAAAAUAAUAACCGAAGAUGCUGCAUGCACUCAAGUGGAAGCCUUGCAUUUUUCUUGUGGAGGUUUUCACCUGUGCUCUCCGUGGGUUGAGGUUUAUUUCUGAGCAUCAUCUCAAAAUGGGGGAAAAAAUAUCCCAACCCCAAUCAUUUUUGGCUUGUAAACAUGUAUUUUUUGCCAAAGUUGUUUUCUGGGAGAGGGAACACAACUGGUUUGUCUUCUUCAAUGUACUUUUUUUUAGGUUUAAUUGGGGUGAAGUUGUGAUGUGGAACAUCCUGAAACUGUCCUGAGAGGUGGGGGGGGCACAUGGCCAGGGGAAGGCUGAAGCAGCAUUUAAAAAGCACCCCAAAAAAAGAAGGAAAUAUUGGAAAAAAUCUACACUCUAUUAUGACAAAGGAGCACAGCUCUCCUGCAACAUCCAGAAAUGACCCAGCCUGCUGACUUUGAACCACCUGUGUAAAACUAGAGGUGAAAAAUGUAAACUCGCCAAUGCAGAGCUGUUUGAUUUCUGUGUUCCCAGCUGGGAAAACACGCAGAAGUAUUUAUUAUGAAACUCUAAAUAAAAUGAUUUAAAACCAUA